AUGUCGUUUCCCGCCGACACGGGAACCCGCAAAACCCGUGGGAAAUCCCCACUGCGAGCCCUGUCGCCGAGCCGACUCCUCGAUGCACUCUCUUCGACGCCAAAAGCAUUCGCUAGGGGCUCCGAGCGCUCUACAACAAUCUGCCGGAAGCUCGACUUUGACGAGCCGACCACCCCGACCAGCCGAAGCUCGUCCACGUUUCUGCGGGCCCACAACGAGCUCAAGUCGAACCUGCAGAAGGCCUUCGUCGCGCAGUACGCCAUUGAUAGCACGACGUGCGUAAUUCUUCAAAGCAUCGGCGCCAAGAUUGAGCAGAGCGACCUGCAGGCACACAUCACCAUCCUCCAACACUACGUCUGGGCCAACCAGGAAAACGACCCGCACGCGCUUCUCGAGAAAGCGCUCAACCACUACACGGAGAACAUCCGCGCGCUGCUCGAGAGGGCGCCCGACAAGCUGCGACAGCCCUUCCAAAAGCUGCUGAAAGAGCUGGCAUCCGCGCUCUUCCUUCAUGGCCAUUCUUACAAAGGGCUGAUGUGCCUGAAGGACCUGUUGAUCUUCUUCGGCAGCGACCUGGACAUCGAGUGCGCCUACCAGAAGUGGUGCGUGCUGCUCAACGAGUGGGAGUGCCUCGAUAAUUUCUACAAGGAGUUUUUCACCCGCGACCGCUUCGUCGAGCACACCAAGUUUGCCGAAAUCUGCCAGCUGAUCCGCGUCUUCAACUGCAAACCGGAGAAGCGGGAAGAGUCGAUGUACAAGCUGUACGACUUCCUCAACGAGCACAAGGGCGAGAAGACGUUCGCCAACUACGAGCUGCAGGCGCUCAUCAACAGCUGCCUGGCGAACGCCUACAAGUUGUCGCUGAAUAAGGACGGGAUGAAAGCCAAGGAUGGGAUGUACCACCUGGAGCAGAUGCUGCAUUACAGCGAGGUCAUUGUCAAGAAUACUGCCGCCAACCUAUUCCCCGAACGCCACAAGCACGAAUACCCGGCGCUGGACCUCAAGAACAAGGAUGCCGGCCAAAUUUUGAAAACCUCUUCACGAAUCGCCGAGCAUUUCAACUACAUGCACCAAUACGUCCUGGAGAUGUUCAAGAUUGGACAAACGCGCGAGGCGUGCGGCAACUCUCUUCGAGCAUGGGUGGCCGCCGUUCGACUAGGAUCGCACCAAAUUAUCGUCCGCAUGACGUCGCUCCUAUUCUGGAUCCGCUUCGCCAGCUUCUACGACUCGCACAGCCGGGACAACAUGCGCACGAUGCUUCGGCUGCUCUAUGACGAUUCACCGCAACCCCCUAAGCCGUACGCCGAGGGUGACCUGAAGGCGAACGAUGCGACGCUGAUGGGCGCGCUCUCGGACACGUUCAACCAGCUCGUGAUCAACGAGGACGAGUCGAGCCACCCGAGCAUCCAUCUUUACGACGGUGAUUGUCAAUGUGUCAACUGCCGCAUCUGCGGCGUUCAACCCUCCUAUCGCGUUGAGUGGGAGCUCAUCAAUUUCGCGUACUCUGGCUUCCCGGUCAUCGACGGAUGCAUCAGCCAGCUCCACAAGAUUUUCGACUCGUGCCGCGCGGAGAUGGCCGUCGACCAGAAGCUGCUGCUCGGGACAUUUGCAAAGCCGAGGCCACCCGUGCUGAUGUCGAUUCUCUGGGCGACGGUGAUGGUUCAGUGGCUGCGGCACAACGACGGCUACCAGCACCCGCGGGCGAGCGACGAGGACAUUGAAGAGGUCGUUGCGUACACGGAGAAGAUCGCGAAAUAUGCCCAGACGACGCUCUACGUCGACCUCUUAGCCCUGCGCCAAGCCACUCGACCCCGGCCACCACCACUGGCUUUUGACUGGCUGGAAGCAGAGGAGUCAAAUCGGACGGGCAUCUUGACGCGCUGUUUCACGCCAAGAGUACGCGCGGCCCCGAAGAUGUCAUCGAAAGACAAGGAAGCAGUGCUGCAGAAGGCCCGUCAAGAUUUCCGAGCUUUCAGCCACUUGAUGCACCGCGACUGGCGACUUCCUGUGUGCUCCCUCAUCGCCAGGUUAUCCACGAACCCGUGGGAGACCGCGAUGAUGGCGGCCGAGAUGGGCCUGCUGGCCACACGGCAAGCCGCGCGGACGUUGGAACAGGACGUCGGCGAGAUCUUCAUCGACGUGGCUCGCUUCGAGGCGGCCGUCAAGAACGUGCCCGAAGACAUGACGCUCUUCCAACUGCUGCUCAACGACUCCGGUGAUCUGAUCGUCGUCAAGAUGCACCGCGACCGGAAGCCGAUCAUCGUCCCGCUGGCCCUCAAAAAGAAGGUUGACAAGUUUUUGGAGGAGAUGGCGGUGAUAUUGAAGGAAAACGACUCCACGGGCAAUCUGGCCAAGCUGACCACGGACAGCAAGUUCUUCUGGAAGGAGCGGCGGCGGGUCGAUGAGCUGUUAAUGAAAUUCUGCGACAAGAUGCAAGACGAGAUCAUCGGCCGCUUUGCGAUGCUCUUCCGUCCCAGCGCAAGCCUCGGCCGACACGGGCAGAAUGCAGCUAAAUGCAUCCAAUCGAUGACGGAAAUGAAGCUUGGUGACGAAACACGGGCCGGACUGCCCAGCCACAUGGCUGCCGAGUUGGUGUCGCUGUUCGCGACCAGCUACGAGCGCGGUGACGCUGGCGAAGAAUUCGACGCACAAUGGAGGCCGCUGCUCAAGACGAUGCUCGCCCUAGUCAACCUCCCCGCGACAACCGCCAGCACAAUCUCGCGCAGCAACGACGACUUCUACCCGAAGCUCGUCGCCGCCAAGAAGGACACGGCCCAAGACCACCCGCGCUACACGAUGCUCGUCAUCUCACCGGAGCUCUCCGUGCUACCCUGGGAGUCGAUGCCCAUCUUCAACGACGCCUACGUCGGCCGCGUCGGCUCCGUUCACCAAUUCCUGCGCAUCUUCGGCAACAAGGCAAUUUCGGUGCCCUGCUCGAUCGACCCGACGCGCGGCGCCUACAUCUGCGAUCCGGACAACAACCUCACCGAGACAAAGAAGCGGAUGGGCGACCACAUGGCCAAGUUCGGCUGGAAGGGCACGAUCGGGCAGGUGCCCGGCCUCGACGACUUCAAGCAGAUGCUCUCCGGAAACGACAUUUACGUAUAUAUUGGCCAUGGAUCCGGAUCGAAGUAUUUUGGACGGACGCUGGUGCGGAAGAGCGGCUGCACGGCCGUCAGCCUGCUGAUGGGGUGCUCGAGCGUCGCCAUCACACCGGAGGGACGUGGGCUGGACGGGCGAUCGGCCAUCUUCGACUACAUCAUCGGAAGCUGCCCGUGCUUGGUCGGAUGUCUCUGGAUGGUGACGGACGGAGAAAUCGACCGCUACCUCAUCGACCUCUCCAACUACAUGUUCGACGCCAAGGAGAAGAAGGGGAUGACCAAGAAAGGACAAGGACUGCGCAUGCUGAUGGACGGGAUGGCGUUCGCGAGAAGCCGCUGCAAGCUGCGCUACCUCACCGGAGCGUCGGUCGUCUCCUACGGGCUGCCCGUCGUGACGAUGCCAGAAGAAUGCCUCAGCAAA